AUGUAUACAUUUCUAACUGAUUCUUUUGCUAAUCAUGUUAAAUCAGCUUUGCUCAAUAAGAAAUUUUAUCAUUUGAAAGAACAUGUCAAAUUUUUAAGUUUAGUCGAUCUUGAAUAUCAUACAGUAACGCGUCAAUUUAUUUGUAAUGCUGUCAAAGCUAUUAAACAACAAAGAUAUGCUAAAAUGAUUUAUGCUGUCGAUGCCAUAUGUAACAUCUUAAAGAAUAUUGGCACUGUAUCAAAUAUCGCAAGUGGUCAAGACGCCAUGAAGGCUUCUGUAACUUCAGCUAUUUCCGUUGCCGGAGAACAUAUGAAUUUAACUAAUUUAAUUAGCCUAACAGCAGGAUUUCUCCCAAAUAAUCAAAAUCCACAAACAGCUAGUUGUUCUUCAAAAACAAAUGAUCAAGUUAGUGAAUCGUAUAAGGCCACCCGUAGUCGUCUUCUUUUUGACAUUAAAACGAAUUUUUUUGGCAAUGUUGUUUUUCAAAUUCAACAAUAUAAAUCAAUAACAAUUGAAAAUUCUCUACAAAAUCGUCUAUGUCAGAUAUCUGAUGAAGAUAUUGCUCAUAUGGCUGGUCUUAAUUUUAAAAUGAGCUAUGAAAAAGUUCGUAUGAAUCAUGAAAAAUUAACACACCUUGAAGAAGCACGUGAUGCUAUUGAAGAUACAAUUGCAUCCAUUAAUAAUAAAAAUACAAACAGCAACAGAUCUUAUAUAGACAAUGAUAAUAGUAAUAAAAAAGAACGAAUUCGAAUGAUAUAUCAAUAUACACAUCGCUAUGAUAAUCAAUACUCAUCAUUUGAUGUUAUUAGUCAUGAUGAAGAAAUUUAUUAUGAUACAUAUGAAGAUAAAGAUAAGAGCGAUAAUGAAAUAAGUGUAUAUGAUGAUAAAAUAUCAAGUGAAGCAUAUUUACUUACCAUUUUUCGAAAACAUGAUCAAAAAGAUCUCGAAUUAAGAUUUCUUGAAAGUAAUACGCUGGACGCUGAUAUCAAAUUUGUCGAACAACGAGAACAAAAGCAACAGCAUUCAACCUUAUUUAUCAGUGCCAUAUCAAAUGUACCGAGAAUUAGAAGUGUUUUUGAACAAUAUCCCGUAUCUCUACAGAUAUGA